CUUCGCGUGCCGCACUCGUCUUUUAUUAAUUUUCCAAUACUUUCUCCACAUGUGAUAAACUUUUUUUUGCAAUAGUGCUGUGACCAAUCGUAAUAGAAAUUACGAAAAUAUUGUACUUUAAUUGAUAGUGUCCGCAUACAAUGGGUUUUAAUGAAACGUCUAGAUCGAGAGUAUAGGCUAACGCAGGCGUACCGAAUCCUGUGACAGGCGAAUCACAUGAUGUUUUCCUUAUGCCGACGAUACAAAGAUGAAAACGAGCAUGGCGGAACACAAAUUAAAGGUGGCUACAUGCUACGGUACAAACGAAAGUACUUGUGGAGCACGUGGUCGGAGGAGUGGGUGGUGCUUUACGACGACUCCACUAUGGCCUGGUUUAAGGAUGCGUCGGCCAAAUGCAUGGCCACUCAAAAGCACCUGGUGAAAGAGAGCCCCGAUAUGCUGGCUAUCUCGACCUGGACGGGGCAGGUGCCAAAGCGCCCACCUUUGCCACCUAAUGCACGGCUCUCUCAGCUCAUGGCCCUCGGCUCCAGGAGGGACCCCGGGCAUGUCGUAUGGAUGCUUGCUAAAUCGGAUUCGGAGAUGAAGGAAUGGAUGGCAGCUAUCUCAAAAACUCUGCCUCCGCCGCCUCACAUCGAGCUGGUGAUGUCAAUGCCCUAUCUCCGUACAGCUUUCAAAAGACCAACGGUCAGAGUACGACCAACAACAUCUUCUGAAAUGUACGCGCGUUCGUCUCGCAACGCAGUGGGCGCACUGGACGGUCGCGGUCUUGUCGCGGUGAUCAAACGACAGGUACCACUGGCAGGACAGCUCGACCACGAACUGGCUUGGGGCCAGGGAUGGGGCUGGGUCACUUUGCCCAACGGCGUAUGGAGUGGACGUCUCACAUGGUCACAAGAAGGAGAGGACUUCGCACUCCACGCGAUGCCCAUCAUGCAUCACACCAAUGUUUCCCAAGCCUGUUCCAUGCUCGAUGGCGUCACAGCCUAUGAAGCUGCGGCCUACGAACAAGCUCUCGCUGAGUACGACGACGCUGCCACAACAUCAGAUGACUGGGACUUCGGAGUCGACUGUGGCGAUUUCAUGAUGUGAAGAGCUCGAAUUAUUUAUACGUACGGUCUUCUGAUUUCCUUUAAUCAACGAAUUCAAAAAAGGUGGAAAAUUUUGAGACGUCUAGUCAUUGAUAAAGUUCGCGAGUAUUUGUUAGCGUAACAUAUAUCCGUUUGACAUAACCAAUACUAAUAUUUGAUGUUUUCUUGAUCGUCAUAAAAUGGUUGAAUUAUAACGUGGUUCCAAAGUAUUACGCUAUACUAUUGCUCAAUAUUAGGUAAAGAAAGUUCAUGUGCUGGUCACGGAGGAAACAUUUGAAUGCGACAAUUGAGAUAAAACUACAAUUACAAAAAGAAUGUCUUAUGAAUUUUAUAUUUCAACAAUUUUCAGAGAGAGAAGUACCUACGUUAUUGAAUUGAGUAAUAGGAAAGUGAUUCCUGUAAUAGUUGCAUGCUCUUUAGAGGUAACUGUGUUUGUUUUAGAGAAGAUGUAUGUAGCCAUUAAACCUUUAGAACCUCGUAUUUUAUUGUACGGCCUACAAUUCUUAGACGAUGUUCAAUUAGACAUAGACUUUGUAAGCACCGUAAAAAAUGGGAUUGGAUAAUUGUAAUAUUUUCUCAGUGUUUUCCUUGAGACGGUAUUAUUUUUUAUAGUUUAUUCGCAAUUCUGUACCUUUUUAAGUCUUUAAAUAUAUCAAGAGAUAUAUUUUUAAAUUUUUUGAGAGUUUUAUGUGUACGAAUGCAGGGUAAAGUAAUGCUUAAGAAGCAACCGUUUCGUAUUCUACACAAACAUAAAUGGUAAUAUAAAUGUAAAAUCGCACAAAACAAAAUAACAAAUGAAACUUUUAAGUUUAAAUAUAUAGAUAUAAGUAAAUCGCUUUGUCCCCUAUAACACCAAUUAUAUUUGAAUAAUAAUUAUUAUCCAUUGAAUUAUUGGAAUUUCAUAUUAUAGAUGUAAGUUAAUAAAUUCGAUGUUAGUACGUAGACUUUGGUCGGUAGAAUAACACAAGAAUUCCAGCACAUUUUGGAGCCAUUCGUUACUAUAUUUUUUUAAUUUUAAAACCUUGCAUAAAGUUUGAAUUGUUUUCUUAUAAUGAGAAGAUUCUAUAAGAAGCAACAGGUCAAAGGGCUGGUCCUUACUGCCAUUGCUACUUUUGAAGCAAAGUUUUAGCGUGAUUUGAAAAUGGUUCAUUUAAAUAUUGCUUGAUACAAUUAAACAAAAAUAUUCAGUAUUACAAGCGUUUCAACUUGAAACAAAGCUUCAUAGAAGUUUCUUAUAAAGCAAUACAUAUGUGAAAUUGGGAAUAGAGAUCGAUCCGAUUUCAGAAUUAAAAUUAAAAUUUUUGGAUGGGCUCCAAAAAUCUUCUAAAUGUGCGAUUUAGUUAGUUGGUAUUAGUAAAAUUAUUGUCAAAUGUAUAAUUAUAUCUAGUCGCUAUAAAAUCUUCCGACCUACCCAAAGACUGCCUAACGUUAUUUACCUAAUACCUGUGUUGUGUAAAAUCCUAGGCACGGUCAACGCAAAAUGUAACCCUGACCCUGCGGAACAUUGCAUUGCAAGAUUUCUCUCUGCAUCGGAGAAAAUUUUGAGAUACUUCAAACUGCAAUGGAGUAGCGGAGGAUUCUUCUCUUUUUCAUCCCAAUACGAACUGUUACUUUAAUAAUAACUUUCAACAAGAAUUUUACAAUUGUAUUGAAAUGUCUAUGCUGGUAUUAUGUAUAGUGAUAUUGCCAUUGUGCAUUUAAAUGAAUGUCUAUUGACUUGUAUAAUUUUUCUAUUUAUGUGUCCUUCGCCUUUGACAACAAUUAUUUAGAAAAUAGAUUACAAUAUUAUUUAUUUAUUAUCUUAGUCACUCUGUAUUAAAGAGAGUAAUCUUGCAAUGAGGUUAUAGAUUUAGUAGCGUACUGUGUAAUUACGAGUAUGUUAGAUAAAAUAGGUGUUUUUUAAAAGUUAGUGGCGCGAAAACGAUCUUGAAAUACUUUUUAAAUGUGUUCUUUAAUCAAAAAAUAUAUUGAAAAUGGCAACAACUGACAUUCUCCGACUAUCGGGAGUGAAUUAUUUAUAAUAUUUAUAUGAAAACAUAUUUAGUUUUAAAAUACGUGUAAAAUAUUUUCUUCGUUUUUUAUAUAAAUUUUUACCUUAAAAUGAUUAUAAUAAUAUAUUAGGCAGCAAUAAAGUGUGACGCUGGUUACGUCACAAUAAGUAUUUUUGUAAUGAGCACUUUUCAAAUUGAUUUUGCAAAGUGAAUUAUGUAUGAGCAUUUAUUUUGUUCGUUAAAUUGAUUUCAAUUAUGAAGUCCUUUAAGCCUGACAUUUGUCUAGAUUUGUCGGUACAGUUCGUAUUCGCUUUUUGAUGUUUUUUGAUUUUAUCAUUGCCAUUUUGUUAUUUCGUCACAGAAUAAAAAAAACUGUAUGGUCAAAUCUAUAUAAAAAUAUAAUCACUGGUAUUUUUAAUAAGUAUAUAGAGAGAAUUAAAUUAUUAGUGUAAUAAUUAAUACCCUUUGUGUUGCCAAACGUGUUUCAUACUUAAAGAUAAAUAAAAAUAGAUUUAAGAAAAAAAAAUUAGAAUACCAGUGAUUAAAACAUCGAUUGCAAUUAGUGAAUAUCCAAUAGAACAAUAAUAGCACACGAUGUACUUUUUGAAUAAUUGAUAUAAUAUAUUUAUAUUCAGAUUAUAUUUUUUAAAUUAGUUUCUUCGCUUGA